UUCGACACGACCAACGUUCCGGAGCGCGGGCGUUGAAUUGUUUUUGUGCUGAUGUUCGUCGCACAGUCAGAGUGCGUGUGUUUCAGCUCGCUUUGAGCUUUACAACCGACUAGACAACUGUCUGCGUUGGCAGAAUUUAGACGUUAUUCUCAUAACCGUAUCUCACUUUCUUAAUUUAAUAACACUUCAGUCACGUGUUUUUUUAAUUUAUUUACUUAUUAAGUGCUUUCUGUAAUGCAGGCGAAACCUGCGCUUCGCAUUGUUGUGCGUUCACGUACAUUGUUAAAGCGUCACUGGCGGAAGGACUGAUUUGAACAGCUCAGCGUCGAGAAUCGAAUACACUGCCCUGUGAGAGGAAAAUUCGGCCGAAGUGACUAACAGCGCGCGCGCCGGCAAGAUGGCGCCCAGCAAGAGCCGAGACGCCGACUGCUGCAGCGUCAACUUCCUCAAGUACGUGCUGCAGAUCUUCAACGUGGUCUUCCUGAUGGCGGGCGGCGCCGUGCUGGGCGUGGGCGUGUGGACGCUGGCCACCAGGCACUGGCAGCUGGCGCUGCUGUCGACGGCCAGCUACGCCGUGGCGGCGGGGGCGCUGGUGGCGGCGGGCGCGCUGGCGCUCCUAGGCGCGCCGCUGGGCUGCGUGGGCGUGUGGCGCGAGCACCGCUGCCUGCUGCUGCUGUUCACCUUCGUGCUGCUGCUGAUCUUCCUGCUGGAGGCGAUGGCCGGAGUGCUGUCGUACGUGUACCAGGAGCAGGUGUAUCGCGAGCUGGAGACCAGCCUCAACAGCACCUUCCUGGGGGCGUACCGCGCCGACCCGCGCCGCAGCGCCGCCAUAGACCUGGUGCAGCACCAGUUCCGGUGCUGCGGCGCGAUGCGCUUCGAGGACUGGCAGUACAGCGAGUGGCGGCGCAGCGAAGCGGCGGGCCUCAACCUGGUGCCCGACUCGUGCUGCAAGACCGUGUCCCAGGGCUGCGGCCGCAGCAGCCACCCCUCCAACAUCCACUACAGCGGCUGCAUCUACCGUCUGUCGGAGGAGAUCGAAGGGCAGCUGAUCGUGCUGGGUGCGGUGGGGCUGGGCAUCUGCGUGCUGCAGGUGUUUGGCAUGGUGUUCUCCUGCUGCCUCUACAUCAAGCUCAAGGACGUGGUGGACUGGUAGCCUCCCGCGACCAUGCGCCAGACACCGACUGCCCGGGACACCCUCACGUCCUCACCUGCCCGCUCCAGUGUUACUCUAGCCUGGACUCGAAACACCUAAACCUCUAUACCAAUUCUUGUGAUCGGUCCAAGCCAACAAGAAAUCUCUACUGACAGUAUAUUAUUUUUUCACAUUUACAAAGAUGCAAAGCCCAACUGUUACUAUUCAGGCUGCCAAGUUUUCAAAGUUUCAGUAAUAACGACAAGUAAUUGCUUUGAGGAGAGUGCUAACAAUCUGAAUGUGUCGUGAAAUGUGUGGACAGACUGUUUAUCAAGGAUGUCAUGUCGUGAUCAUUGGGAGAGAGCACAUCCUCACUCUAGUGCAGCGCAGUGGAGUUCGUAGUCACUAGCACUUCACUGAACUUUGUAUUUACAUACUGCAGCCGAUGUUAUCUGUUUGUUAGCUGUUGCUGGUGAGGGACCAGGGUUCAUGUGGACAGUUACACUCCCUCGCUUCCUCAACUCAGGACCUUGGUAGCUGCGGUCAGCAAGGCAUCGCCGCUUGUGCCUUGAGGUUUAGUGGUCCCAUCGCAACCCACGAGGUGUGCCCUACCGGUUACCUAGCAAGACUCUUUGUGUGCCUACCAUCACUACUACCUCAGUGUCGCUGGACCACAACGUCUCACGACAGCUGUGGUCCCAUCGUAAAUCACACCAAAGUAUACGUGAUGGUUUAUCCUGCUACCAAAUCAGUUUUAUGAAGAUUUGUAUGUUGAAGCAAUUGUGCUGUUGCGGUUGGAAACAAUGUUAAUGGAGAGGAAUAUUAUUUUAUUUUAAAAUGCUAUUACAUUAACCAACUGGCAAAACGAAACUAAUUAACUUAUAACUUAACGUAUCUCUAUCGAAAUGAAAUGGGUGUUAACUUUCCUUAAUAAUAAAAAAAGUGAUGCUGGAUGAAAUAAAUUCAGUUUAUUAUUCUGAUUUUAUAGUUUCAGCUAGUGCAAUUUGCUUGAAAAAACAUUUUUUGAAACACUGUGUGUUUGCUUUGGAGAUUGUUUAUGUGUAUCUGAGCUGUGUAACUAUUGUAACUAAAUUUUUAUGAGCUAACAUACUUAACAUUUUAAUGAGCAUUGUUGGAAAAUGUUAUUUCAGUGUAGUUCACAGAAUAGUGUGAUAAGUGUUAAAUAAUUUAAUGUGUGCCUUAUUGUACAGUGUUUGCAAAUAUGUAUGUUCCUAAGAAAUAUUGUGUCUGUAUAGUGAUAGGUAAAAGCUAAAAGGUACAAAGGAAAGUAGUUUUAAACCUAUAACUACUGCAGCAUGCAUGUGGAAGAGAAUCUCAGAGAACACUUCCCUCCAAAAAUAAAGACAACUUCUGGGUGAUUUGCACAUGUGUUCAUUGCAGACACAAGGCAAUACACACAAAGUGAGUUUACUAAGUUUAAACUGUGCAUAGCAAGCUUAGUGUACUCCAUAAAUCGACUCUUUAACAAUAAGUAAGAAGGCAAACACAGAAUUCGGCCUCUGUGGUGUACAAACCCAGUCUUAUGAAGCCACCACCGUCCGCGUCACAAGAUGUCUGCUGUCAACACAACUCGCUGUUAGUCCCCACAUCACAAAAGUAUAUUAACAGGUUGUUUAUACAAAUCUGCAAUAAAAUUUCCCUGACUUUUCAUGACCAAAAUUUCAAAUGUCCCCAAUUAAUUUUUUUUAAAAAAAAAUUUGAUUAUUUAGCAGUUUCUUAUAAUAAAUAAUAAAAAUAUAUGCCUUAAAUAUAUAUUUGUGUAUACAUAUAUAGUUAUGAGCAUAAUGUGGAGGAGAACUGGGUUCGUAAGGGAUAGCCGAAUUAAGUUUUAUCAAGGGUUAUAUUAGUUAUUAAUAUUUAAAUUACUAAUAAAUAAUUGUACUUACGUCCGAACACCAAUCACUGGCACUUAAAAAUGUUUAUUCGCAAGUCACUCAAUGUCUGUCAAGUUCCACAGUUCGCACUCCUCACUGUAGCAAGGCUAGACAGUGGUUCGCCCCUUACCUCGCGCCUGUCCACACACACACACAGCCUCACGCCACUCAGUCCCACUCUCGCGGUCCCGUCACUGCAUCGCGCCACUCUCGAGGGGGUCUCUCACCCUCUUCGCCGAUGUCGCACUUCCCUUCACUCGCGGAACUCUCCGAACUUUCAGAACUCUCGGAACUCCCGCAGGGGCCGGCGUUGCUGCUUAUAUACCUGUGGCGCCCUUCUCGAACUGACGAGAGCGGCUGUGACGAGUCGCGUCAUUCUGGGCCGACUCGACACCCGAAAAGUCCAGAAAGGCGUAGCUUAUUCACGUCACUCCUUGAGGCGGCCUCUGUAAGCCCGGGAUUCCCAGGCUGCUAAAGGAGGCGGAACAUUGCGCGGGCAGUGGAGGGGGAUUGCUAGCGAGGACCCUUGUAAUCCGGCCAGGCACGUGUGGUAUACCUUACGUCGAUGGACGGCGUGUGACGUCAGUGGCCACCAGCCCGCUCCGAACCUGGCACGCAUCGUGGUCUUGUCUCUCGCAUUCGUAACUCGCAAACGUUUGGGGGGAUAUAUAUAUAUAAACAGGAUCAUACAUACACCUUUUUAUAGUGUCUAUAGUGUCUGACAUUGAAUUAAAAUAAAAAAAAUAAAGAAAUUAUGUCACAGUCUGGGUGAUGGAAGACUGGAUUAUGUUAUGUUUCCUCAAAUGGCUACCAUUGAGGAAUUUUCAAUACUUUUCCAAGAUUUAAAGUAAAUUCAGUGACUUUCCACGAACCAAUUUCAACUUCCGUUACUAUCCAAGAGUCGGAUACCCUACCCUUGUUUAGUCUUGUGAAGAGCAAAAAAAAAACAGCUGUCAUGAAAUAUCAUGAGAGUUGUGUUAACAGCACCAAGUCUUACUCCUUGGAUGUCGUCCAUAAAGCACCUGAUAACACGGUGUUUGUGUGACAAAACACACGGGAUGACACUUAGGCCCUUGCUGCACACACCAUUUUGUGUGCCCCUGGUUAGUGGUUCACGUGCUGCACUCUUUACCUCCGAACUGAAACAGUGACCAGACGUAGCUCCCAGAGCACCUCGUGGUACACUAGAGCAUUCGGCACCAAAACGGCCGUCGAAACUUUACGUAUACAUUCCCUGCAUUUUGCCACAUCAUCUCCCCGGUUCCCUUAAAACCACACAGAAGGGACUUUUUAACUGUUAACCAUCCAGUGAAAUUUCAACCUUAGUGUUGCAUAGUUUCAUUUUUAAUUUCUUCUGUACUUGUUUUUAAAACUUGAUUGUUGUCCUUUUGUGCCAACGUGUACAGACCAAAAUAUAUACUGGAUGCAAUAAAUUAAACUUAACUAAACAACCAUACAGUGAUCUGACGAGCAGCUAAAUGUCUUUGACCGGGACUUUUUUAUUUCAGCUGUUGCCUUGGACUUGAUAAAGUAUGUUUAUGGGCACAUGAUAAAAGCACGUGUUGAAUUGCAAAGACCCGUAAUAAUGAAAUGUUUUCUUCUAUGUGCAAACAAAACCUAUUGUCUUCAACACUUAACUUUUAGAGCUAUUGUAUUGUACUUGUGACUUGGAAGGGAUUGUUGUUAUAAUUACUACCAUUGUGUGAAUAUUACUACAAGUAACAAAAAAUUUUAUCUAGAGUACUUAACUGUGUUAUAUCCAAUAAACCAAAGUUAUUUACAUACUUGUAAAAUAUUGUUGUUCAUGUAAAAUAAUAAGUGUUAACAAUUAA